UUGAGCGGCACGGCUCAGCAGCUCACCUUCGUUUACGCUCAUUCGAUUAGCUGUUACACCUUAAUACUGUGGUGCUGCAGACUGGUGGUUGCCUCUACAUCAAGAAGACCAAAUGAAGGAAAUCGUCAUUUGAAGUCGCGCAGCAUUCCCGGGAGCAUUCAGAAUCAGUGCAGUACUAAGAUUGUGUCAGAGGCGGACUGGGUUUUGAAGUAGUUGAAGAGAACAAAGUGUGAGCUAGUAAAGGGGGCUGGAGUGGAUCGACGAAGACUCAAAAGACUAUAGACGGAGACAGCAAAGGAAAGGAUGGGCGAUUGGAUGAGAGGCGCAUAGUGAGAGCCACUGCUUUGGGUGCCAGAGAAGGAGCGAUCGAGGGGGCGAAGGUGCUUACCGCAGCUUCGGCCAGGGCGCAUCGCUUGGCUUCCUUUUCCGUUGUCAUCAGCUGAUUUUGUGAAACUGCCUUCUGAAAUGCCUCCUCUGUGUAAACUGCUGGUGUCCUGUCUACCUUUGUUCGCUUGCCACGUUUUUGAAGUUGUUUGUGAAGGAAAACUGAAACUGACUGUGUUAUCUGAAGACAGACUACAAAUGAAAUGGAAAGAAGCUGAAGGCAGCCAUCAUGGCUACAAAGUUCGUGUAAAGCCUCUGGCAGGCGUGAGCGAACAUGAAAUGAUGUUAAAGACCAAUACUGCUAAGGCAACUGUGGCAGGUCUGGUGUCCGCACAGGAAUACGCUCUUCAGAUUUUUGUACUGAAUGGAACACAGGAGUUACUUUUUGCCAAACGAAAAUUUAGCAUUGACAACUUGAGAGAAGAAUCAAAAGAGAGAAAUUCUAAAAGGAACCAAAGGAAGCCCAAAGAUUAUAGUCCCACUGUGUCUGGAAAUGAAAAUGGGUCAAAAGUGCUUGAAUCUCCAUCUGUUGUUUUAUAUAAAGAAUCCUCUUUGCCAGCUAAAGAGUCACAGAGUGAAGUGCCAACAGAUAAAACAUCUAAAGGCCAGAAAAAAAAUCGAACAGGAGGCAAAGACUCUGUGAAGGGGGAGAAAAAAAAUAAAGAGAAAGAAAGCCAAGUGAAGGAGCAGCCAGGGAAGACGAUGGUGAAGCAGGGAGCUGAAAGUAGUGCAGAUCCAGGAAAGCCCUUUAUCUGUGAGACGGCAGUGCCAGCAGACAUUGUGAUCCUUGUGGAUGGCUCUUGGAGUAUUGGCCGUUCUAACUUCAAAAGAGUCAGAGAAUUCUUAGAAAACUUGAUGAUGUCAUUUAACAUUGGGUGGCACAAGACCCGAAUAGCUUUGACUCAGUACAGUGGAGACCCACGGACAGAGUGGAAUCUGAACAAUUUUUCCAGUAAUGCUGAAAUACAGACUGCUGUCCGCAAUUUUCGCUACAAGGGUGGUAACACAUUUACAGGCCUAGCCCUAAUGCAUGUUCUUGAGGAAAACCUAAAAGCUGAAUCUGGUGCUAGACCUAGUGCUCCCCAGUUUGUCAUUUUGGUCACUGAUGGGAAAUCCCAGGAUGAUGCCAAUGCUGCUGCUCAAAAACUGAAGAGCAAAAACAUUGAAAUCAUAGCUGUUGGAGUAAAAAAUGCAGAUGAAGCUGAGCUGAAGCAAAUUGCCUCCGAACCCAUUGAACUGAAUGUUUUCAAUGUUGUUGAUUUUCACUUGCUCAGCCUACUGGUCGAUAGGCUUGCCAGAAUUGUGUGUGGAAGAAUUGAAGAAAGAACAAAGAUGAAAGGAGGAGAAAAACCCACACAGGCUACCAGUGAGGUGUACCCAGGAGCAACAAACUUGACUUUCAGUGAACACACUAGCUGGAGUUUUUACGUUGGCUGGAAGCCACCAAUUUUAACUGUGCACAAGUAUAGAUUAGUAUACCACAAUGCUGAAGGUGGAGAUCCCCAAGAGGUGGUGUUGAAUGGAACUGUUUCUGGCUUGGUUUUAAAAGGGCUGUCUUCCAACACAAAGUAUAUGGUUUCUGUGUUUCCUGUUUAUGAAAGCAAAGUAGGAGAAGGACUUAGUGGGUCAACCUCUACCUUGCCUCUGUCACCUCCCACACACCUUCAGAUUUAUGGAGCAAGGCACAACAGCUUGAAGGUGAAAUGGCACCCAACAGAGGGAGCCACAGAGUACAUGGUCUUAUAUUCUCCUGUGAAUGAGGAAGAGCCAGACGAUGGCAAAGAGAUGAAACUUGGCCCAAAUGAAACAGAUGUGGAGCUGAUUUUUUUACUUCCAAUGAAAGAAUAUUCUGUGUCUGUUUAUGCUCUUUAUGGGGAUGAGCCUAGUGAUCCUGUCACUGCUACAGCCUUUACACAACCCCUGAAUCCUCCUGAAAGUCUGAUUUUUUCAGAGGUCACUCACAGCAGUGUCCGGGUGUCCUGGGCACCUGUCUCAGACAAUGUGAAUCAGUAUCAGGUGACAUACAUUACAAACCGUGGCAGUGACGUUAAACAGGUUGAUGUUGUUGGCUCAUCGGUCCUCCUUAAAAACCUUUCAUCAUUGUCCAACUACCUAGUGACAGUUCGAUCUGUUUAUAACGAGGUGCUUUCUGAGCCUCUAAUCAGCAACGUUACAACCCUAAAGGUUCCCUCUCCUUCUAAUCUGAGAGUGACAAAUUUCGCCAGUGGUAAGGUAGACCUGCAAUGGACGCCUGCAGCUGAUGAUGUUGUUUCAUAUCAAAUCAAAUGGAUUUCUCUCAGUGGGGGCAAAUUGAGAGAGCAUAUUGUGGGUGGAGAUCAAAUAUCUACUGUCCUGGAGGGAGUGGAAAAUAAUGCUGAGUAUCAAAUCUCUCUCUCUGCUCUAUAUGCUGAUGGAGCUCAAAGUGAAGCAGUGGCUGCUCGAUACAGCACCUUUUCCAGAAGUGCUCCAGCUAACUUGGUAAUAGACAGUGAGACACCAACUAGCUUUAUGGUGAGAUGGGACCAUCCAAAUUCCCAUGUGCAUCAGUACAGAGUUGCUUACAAUCCACUGAGAGGAGAACAGACUGAACAAAUUGUGAUGGUCCCAGGUAAACUCAACAGUGCAAAACUGGAGUCACUUUUGCCUGACACCAAGUACAGUGUCCAGGUUACUGCUGUCUACAGCAACAGGGAAGAAGGCAGUGCACAGACUCAAGGAAAAACAUCGAGUCUCCGGGUUACCAGUCUGAAAGUCUACAAGUCAGAUCACUCCAGUGUGUGUGCCGGGUGGAAACUCAGCCAUGAAGCCACUAGCUACAGGAUUUUAAUUGAGUCCCUAAAAGAUAAGAAAACAAGGGAAGACAUAUUAAGUCAAGUGACAAAUAGCCACUGCUUUCUGAACCUAGAACCUGACACUGUCUACCGGAUCAGCAUCUUUUCACAGCUGCAGUCAGCAGAAGGUGAUCCUGUCACUGUACUGCACUCCACAAGUGCAGCUCCUGCAAAAGCUCCCUCUGUGUCCAAAUUCCAGCUACAGAACAAUGAAAUUUGUCCAGAGAUCACUGUCCGAAAGUCCUUAGUUAAAGCAUUUGAUAUGAUGCAAGCCUUUGGACUAACCAGAGCAGAGCACUUCUCUGUUGACGGUGUGUCAGUGGAGCCUUUUGUUUUCACUGGAUCCCCAGCUUUUACAAUUCACAAAGAUAUUCAGCUAACACAGAACACAAGAUUUGUUCAUCCAGCUGGUCUCCCCCGAGAAUAUACGAUUAGCUUUGUGAUCCGACUUCUGCAGGAGACACCCAAAGAGGCAUUUGCAGUCUGGCAAAUUACUGAUGAGGAUUUCCAGCCUCAAGUUGGCGUUGUGUUUGACCCUGUUAAGCGCACCCUGAAGUAUUUCAGCUUGGAUUUUAGGGGAAAUCUGCAGGAAGUUUUGUUCAACCAUUCAGAAGUGAAGAAGCUCUUCUACGGCAGUUACCACAAGGUACAUUUGGUGGUGAGUCAGAGCAGGGUUGAGCUACAUGUGGAUUGCCAGCAGGUCUCCCAGAAACCAGUGGUCCCAGCUGGACACAUUCCCAUAACAGGUUUUGAGGUGCUUGGAAAGAUGGUGAGGACAAGGGGACCCAGGAGUGGAUCGGCACCAUUUCAGAUCCAGGCUUUUGAGAUUGUGUGCAACACAUCAUGGGCUUCAGAGGAUUUGUGCUGUGAAAUCCCAGCUCUGAGAGACGAGGAGAUCUGCCCUGCUCCUGAAUACUCCUGUACCUGCUCUACAUCUGUUAAGGGAGUCCCUGGACCUCCAGGACCUCAGGGCAAAGCAGGACCAAGAGGUCCCCGAGGUGAACGUGGUGAGCCAGGACCAAAGGGUGAACCAGGUCCUCCGGGAAUGACAGGUCAGGAUGGAUCUGAAGGUCCUUUGGGUUCUCAUGGACCAAGAGGAAUUACGGUUCGAGGUCCUGCGGGUCCUCCUGGAGAGCGUGGUGAAAAAGGAGAAACUGGAAAACCUGGAUCACAGGGUCCUCCUGGUCCACAAGGGCCUAAGGGAAAAAGUGGCAUGCCAGGACCAAAGGGAAUCCGUGGCUUAGAAGGAACUCCAGGUGCACCUGGGACUACUGGACUGCCGGGCUUUCAAGGUAUGCCAGGCUUAAAAGGAAAUACAGGUGAAAGAGGGCCUCCUGGGGCAGUUGGACCAAUUGGGCUUCCAGGGCGUAAAGGAGAACGAGGAGAAAAGGGAGAACCUCAGUCUAUGGCAACAAUUUAUCAGCUUGUCACACAAACUUGUGAACAACUUGUCCAUACUCAUGUUUUAAGGUUUGAUUCCCUUCUGCACGAAUUGAGUAAAAACCCUGCCCCUCUUCAAGAGAUAGUGGGAGCACCAGGAGAGCCAGGCAUUCCGGGAUUGAUGGGAUCUCCAGGGCAAAAAGGUCCUCCAGGACCAACAGGCCUACCAGGAGAUCCAGGCAAAGUUGGAUAUCCAGGAGAGCAAGGAAGAUCUGGGCCUGUUGGGGAAAAGGGGAGUCCAGGGCCAAAUGUGCAAGGUCCAGGGGGGUCAGUGGGUCCACCAGGUCCUCCAGGUGAAAUGAAGACAGGAACACAAGGUCCAAAAGGAGCAGAGGGCCAACCAGGACUAGCAGGACACCCAGGUAGCAGAGGUGUGCCAGGAGAGCCUGGUGCCCCUGGAGGCUGUGAUAACAGUGGAUGUAACAGAGGUGAUUCGUAUUUUUACUUUUAGUUUUGGACACCCAGUGGACUGAAGAAGGUACCCUACAGAAGGAUUACAAACAAAAGCCAUUGUUAUGCUUUGACUUGCCAAGUCUGGACUGCCUUCCUUAUUUGUUACAAUUAUGUAUUUAAAGCAUAAUGUUCAUUUUCACAAUGGCACAGAUCCAAGUUUGCAUUUUUGUGCUUAGGAACUCUGGAACAGAAGCCAUUUCAGGAAGAUAACUUCAGGCCUAAAAUUGGAAGAACUCAUUAACAAAAAGCAAGUUGUUAUCUUUUUGCCUUUUACAUUAAGAGGCUGCCAGCUCCUCCUGUAUAUCUCUUUAACUCCAUAAUUAUAACGGCUAGAUAUGUGAACUUGAGGGAGGAUGUCAGAAAAGUCCAAUUUUAUUUCUUAAUCAUCUCUUCCUUUUUCCUUCUUCCUUUGAAAAAGUUCAACUUGUGCCUUAAAGAGAUGAAUUUUUAAAAUUAUAAUGCAUACAUAUUUAUGUACACAUAUAAUCUGACUGUGCAGACCUAUGGUAUGUUCUAAUGAAGGAUGGACUGAAAUGGUCAAACUUUAGAGUUUUGUCAGUGUAAAUGGAAUAAUUCUUCUCAGGAUGUAGGUAAAUUCAUGAUAUAGCUCUUUUUUUUCUUUAAUUACACUUAUUGUUUCUUGAAAAUAUCAAACCCACAUAACUAUACAAAGUGGUUAACAUGUCUACAUGGAGUAAAAGGACUCCUCACUUUUUCCUGCUAUAACUGUUUUUUUUUUCAAAAUUAUUACAGUAGAAUAAAAUACUGUAUUUUUUUAUUAAAAAAUGAAGUAAAUUUUCAUAAACUGAAGUUCCAAGAGCUAACAAAAGUCUUUGAAAAGAAAAGCUUUUUUUCAUAACUUAUAUCCUUACAAUUCAUUUUAUUAACUGAAAGGUUGGUGUUAUGUUUGCCUUUUUGGUGGCAAUGAUUCAUUUUCAAUCUACUCAUUUAAAGUUGCAGGAGAGCAAGUAUGCAUGUGCUAAAUGCACAAUGGAGAACUUGGCUUUAACAAUAAUGCAAGGGAUGGUAAAACAGAACAGACAGGGACAAUAUCGGUGAAUAUCAGCAGUUUCUUUGUAGCCUUUGUCAAUUUUUGUAAAGCAUUCAACUCAGUUGAAUAAACACUACAGAUGUGUAAUGUUUCCAAGUGAAUGAUCCUAUAAUUAAUAACGGAGACUAGUAAACUCAGGAUAAAUGGAGAUCAAGUUCAAGUUUAGUUGUUUCUGUUCGAGAUAAGCAACAAAGUAUGUAACUGUGCAUAUAAACUGAAGAACAGUUCUCUCUUGAAAUUCUGAGUAGACAUCUUAACAAAAACGCGACUUUCCUUUUUAUACUGCAUGUAAUAUGUCGACAUUUACCCAAGGGUCACUGUGACACCUUUGGUGACACUAAUAGUUUUAAUCACUUAUACAUCAGUCUAUCAUAUACAAAAUAAGAACUUAUUCUAAAUUAUCAUCAGUUUCACGCCGCCUUUCCUGUUGAAUAACAACAUCUUUAUGCACUGUAUGAAGCAUUUCCAAGUGCUACUUGGACAAUCAAGAGAUUUAAGCCCUCCAUCUAAACCUUGGCUUGUCCUGAGUCUUUUUCCAGUAAUCCAAUGCUUUGGGGGCUUUGGGUCCUACUCUGAGGUCACCCCUAUUACUGAGCUUAUCAUUCUAUCAUGGAAAGUACAUUUGGUAACUCUGCACAGGAACAUCAUUUUGGCAGUUUGUACCGAUGACUUAAUUCUGUCAAUCACUACACAGAGUUUGGAAUUUAUAUACACAUUUAUUCAGUCACCAGAUACCUUUAUCCAAAGUGACUUACAAAGAGGUCAACAUAGUAAAGUAAAGAUUAUGCUUAGGAACUGUUUUACAAUGAGUGUUUCAGGACAUAGUUACAAGCUUAAUCAUCAACAGUGAAGAACUAGAAGAGCACCACUCUUUAGUCAGAUACUGAGACUAUGUUCACAUUUCUACGGUUUCAUUUAAAAGCAGUGUUUUUAAAUAAAAAUGAUCUUCGUCCACACUAGCAUUUUCACAUUGAAAGUAUUUUUGUCCAUACUAAAAUGACUCAAAUUCGCAUAUGAUGUAAUUUUCCUCCUACACUGGGUUGCGGCAACUACAGGGGGAUAACACUGCUCUCAGUGCCAGGUAAGGUCCUUGCUAGGGUCAUCUGCAAUAGGAUCCAUGAUUACUUGCUCACCAACCAGCAACCAGAGCAGUCUAGUUUUACACCUAAGAAGUUUGCCAUCGACCACCUCCUGGCCCUGAGGGUUCUCAUGGAGCACAAUAUCGGUGAAUAUCAGCAGAGUUUCUUUGCAGCCUUUGUCAAUUUUUGUAAAGCGUUCAACUCAGUUGAUCGAGCUUCCCUGUGGGACAUCCUGAGACUUUGCGGGAUCCCCCCCCAAGUUGCUAGAUAUCAUGGCUGGCCUGUACACUGGUACUGUGGACAGUGCUGAGUGGAGGCAGAACCUCUGCGUUUUUCCCAGUUGAUACUGGGGUUCAUCAGGGGUGUGUUCUUGCUCCUACUCUGUUCAAUGCUUGUAUGGAUUGGCUGUUGGGCAAGGUUGUGGGGUCCAGUGGCUUUGGGGCAUCUGUUGGUGAAGAAAGAUUCAUUGAUCUUGACUUUGCCAAUGAUACUGUCAUCUUCGCUGAGUCAAUGAAGGCUCUGAUUGGGGCUCUCAAGAGACUGAGCGAGGAGUCUGAGUGUCUGGGCUUGCGAGUGUCCUGGAUAAAAACCAAGACCCAGCCCUUUAAUGACCUCUUGGACACCGCCAUCGGCAAUGUGUCUGUCUGUGGAGAGAGUGUUGACCAUGUCAAGAGGUUUACUUACCUUGACAGUGACAUUCAUGUCUCUGGUGACACUUCCUAUGAAGUCAGUAGACAGAUUGGGAGUGCAUGGAGAUCAUGAGGUCGCUGUAAAGGGAUGUGUGGCGCUCCCAAUAUCUAUGCAAAAUGACAAAGGUCCAAGUCUUUAGAGUCCUGGUUCUUCCUGUCUUGCUAUAUGGUUGCGAGACAUGUUCGCUAUCCAGUGACCUGAGACUAAGACUGGACUCCUUUGGUACUGUGUCUCUUCGGAGAAUCCUUGGGUCCCGCUGCUUUGGCUUUGUGUCAAAUGAGUGGUUCCUCAUGGAGUCCAGAAUGAAGCACAUUACCUGCAUAGUUAGGUAGCAUCAGUUACGGCACGAUUCCCAAAGAGUGAUCCGACUCACAGAAUCUCAUUGUUGAGGACCCAAGUGGCUGGAUUAGGCCAAGGGGACGCCCAUGUAACACCUGGCUGCAGCAGGUAGAGGGUCAUUUCUGGAGGGUGGAACUGGACUGCGUGUCUGCCUGGGAGGUUGCCAACCAGGAUCCUGAGCUGUUUCAUCAUGUGGUGGAUGUGGCAAUGCACUGUACUAGUGCAUGCUCCUCAACUUGACCUGACCUGAUUGACCAUAUACACAGCAUAGACAUCUUUAACUAGGUAUACACUGUGUGAUUUUGCCAUUAUUUUAGCCCAGAUUUGCAGUCACAAAACAAAUUUCAGCUUCAUUAGCCAUCAUUUCACAUGCAGAGUGGUUGUGAUCCCUGAGUGCAUCUUAAGAUUGGGCUGUCGCACGAACGAAAGAAUUUCUGUCAUAUCAGAAAUUUCUGUCUGCUGUCUUCUACUGUGAACAGUCCCACAAACUGAUUUUCUGACGUUGGCAUCAAAUUCCCCAAAACUCUUUGAGCAGUGACCAUUUUGAUUGUGCAUUAUGCGCAUAAGAAUAAUAAUAACUCAUUACAUGUAUAUAGCGCUUUUCUCAGUACUCAAAGCGCUAUCCGCACAGGGAGGAACCGGGAAGAGAACCCACAAUCUUCCAGUCGCAUAUAGCCUGAGCAUCCACAACAUGGCAUGUCGUUCGGAUCUAUCAUGCUGUUGCAAUUUAAGCACAUAUAAGUCUGGUGAUGCAAUCAUGCAAUGUGACUAGAUUCUUGACCACAAUCUCUGAAAAUCGUCCAAAGCACAAUUUAGAUGCAUACAAGUAAGUAACACAACAGGGCUAUGGAAAGCAACUCUUCUAUGCCUGCUAUGUUGGAAAAUGUUUGCCUUUCUGAAGGGUGACCAAUCAGGGAAUAAGACGUUGUAAUGAGCAGGGAUAAUGAUUGUAAUUAUUGGUAAAGCCACACAAGAACCAUGAACCAAUAAGAGCAUGAUUUAGUCUUCAUUUACAGAAACCUGUUUUAACCCAUCCAUAUUGUUACGCCGCACUGGUGUUUUCAGAAGUAUUCAUUUUCAUGGUUUGAAAAUGCUGGUGUAAUGAGGAAAAAGGCAAAAACUGAGACAAAUGUCUACUUGUUUAAACAAAACCUUAGUAGUGUGAACGAGGCCCAAGAACGUAUCUUAAACACCAUUCAAAUGGUACUUAAAUACAGUUAGGGAGUCAGUAGAUCAGAUGGAGAUGGGUAGCUCAUUCUGUCAGCUGGGAGACAGACAUUAAAAGAGUCUAUAGUGAGAUCUGAUGCUACAUACAGUAGAGGUGGUAUCAUCAGAUGCUGUCAAUUAGCAGAUCUGAGUUGGUAAGAAGUAGCAUAGGACUUUAUGCAUUCCUCCAUAUACUGUUCAUGGAUGCCAAUCUAUUGACUGUUUUGUAGGCAAGCAUCAAGGAUUUAAACUUAAUGCACACUUCUAAAGAGAGCCAGUGUAGUGACCUAAAAAGAGGACAGACAUGUGCCCAUCUGGACGGACUGAACACAAGACAUGCCACUGCAUUUUGAAUCAUCUGCAGUAGCUUUUUAGCACAUGCAGAUACUCCUGCCAGUAAGAAGCUGCAAUAGUCUAGGUGCGACAAGUCGGAGGCCUGGACAAGAAAAUGUGCUGCAUGUCCUGUCAGAUAUGGUCUGAUCUUGCAGAUGUUAUACAGAUUGAGUCUGCAUGAAAAAGAGAAAUGAACAGCAUGGUCAGAUACAACGUCUCCAAAAACUGCUGCUGCAACAAUUCUAUCUUCAUGCAUAAUAACGAACCUGAGGUGCUUUGACUCCUUUACUUGUAGUAGUUGGCUACCCUUUCCCUAUUAGGGAACAAGCAGUCUUUUCUGGGAGAAGACAGUGGCUUCAGAUUUUGAAGUGCUAAUUCUCUGACUGAAUCCCAAAUAGAUGCAACCUGUUCAAGUGUGCAUAAUAAACAUAAACAGAAGACAUACAGAAAUUACUUUACUAGACCUUCCUACAAGCUUAUAUUGCCUUAUAGAAAUAACUAACCAUCUUACUGUUUAGGUGGCAUUUCUCUCUCUACUGACCUUGGGUCUGCCCUACCUCAUGUUUCCUCUAUUCGUUUAAGCAAAAAGAAUCCUUUUGUAGCCCUUCCACGUGCCUGGCAACAGUAUUAAAAAAUUUUAAAGUAACUUAGUUACAUUGCUCAUUUCUCACAAAAUGUAACUACAGUUAAUAUGUUAUAUAAUUACUUAAGUUAUAAAAUGUAAUGCAUUACAAACAUUGUGUUACUAUUGUGUUACCUUUUCUUUUUUUGUAUGAAAAACUGCACAUUUCACUGGACAGUAUAUGUUAUUAAAUCCUCAGUCCAUAUGAAAUUUCCCAGAACACAACCAAAAGUGACAAUUGUUUUGUGUUUUAUUUACUUAGUUUUGUUCUUGUUCAGCAUAAAGUAGAGAUAUAAAACCCA